UCUGGACUCCGGAGAUAAAACCAACGAUGAAUCAGGGCUUAGUUCGGAUACUCCGCCCCACACGCAACAUAUCCUGCGCUUUCACGAACCUUCCGGUGCGGAAUCAUAUCCGAUGGAUCAACACAUACUCUACGAUGAAGUUUUAGUAAACGGCAGCAAAACAGCACUCACUUUGUCCGCCGAUGGGAUACUCCAGUGGUACGAUCACCAGAAUGUUCUUCAAUGCCUCUCCGUCGAGAAAGAAGUUCUCGGAGUGUCAAUAGUUGGGCAACAGAUCAUAAUUAGGUCAUUCGUUGAGACCGAAGGUGGCGGAUUUUGCUUUGGAAGUAGCACAAGGAAUUUGGUGAGGAAGAGCUUCGUCUUCGAGCCUUUGUCGGAGGAUUCGCGACUGAAUUUGUGCGAGAAGAUUCAAGGAUACGUUGACUCAUUAGGUCGACCAAAGAAGCUGUUUGUAUUUGUUAACCCUUUUGGAGGAAGGAGAUCUGCUUCCAAGGUUUUCACUGAUGAUGUAAAACCUAUACUCGAUGAUGCUAAUAUCGAAUAUACUUUACAAGAAACUAAAUAUCAGCUUCAUGCGAAGGAAGUUUCUCAUACAUUGGAUCUUACAAAGUAUGAUGGUAUUAUUUGUGUUAGUGGAGAUGGGAUAUUGGUUGAGGUUGUUAAUGGAUUGCUUGAAAGAGAAGACUGGGAAGCAGCACUAAAGAUGGCUAUUGGAGUUAUACCUGCAGGUACUGGAAAUGGCAUGAUAAAAUCUCUUCUAGAUUCUGUUGGUCAACCAUGUACAGCUGCUUUUGCUAUGCUAGCUACAAUCCGAGGGCAUAAACGAUCUCUUGAUGUAGCCACUAUUUGGCAAGGGGAGACAAAGUUUUUUAGUGUCUUGAUGCUUGCAUGGGGUCUGAUAGCAGAUGUAGAUAUCGAGUCUGAGCAGUAUCGAUGGAUGGGAAGUGCUCGAAUGGAUUUCUAUGGUCUUCAAAGGAUUAUAAGAUUAAGAAAAUACAACGGGUGUAUUUCAUUUGUGCCAGCUCCUGGAUUUGAAGAUGUAGGAGAGGCAAGCAGUUUGGGUGUUGAGUCCAUGUCCAUGGAACCUCCUAUCACCCAACAACAUGGUUACCAUGGCCCUAAGGUUGAUUUAGGGAAUUCAAUCUGGAGAAAGGUUAAUGGUCCUUUUAUUUCCAUUUGGCUUCACAAUGUUCCUUGGGGUGCUGAAAACACCAUGGCUGCACCCAAUGCCAAGUUUGAUGAUGGUUAUCUAGACUUGAUUGUAAUGCGUGAUUGCCCAAAAUUAGCCUUGAUAUCCUUAAUGUCUGAAAUGAGUAAUGGCCAUUACGUAAAAUCACCACACGUUUUGUAUAUCAAGGUGAAGGCGGUUGUGUUGGAGCCUGGUUCGAGGACAAGUGAUUCAACAAAGGAGGGAAUCCUUGAUUCCGAUGGUGAGGUUUUGGCAAGAGGUAAGGGAACAUACAAGUGUCACUUAAAGUCUUUAAUGGUUUAUGACAAGUUGCAAAUAGUUGUGGAUCAAGGUUUGGCCACAUUGUUUACGCCUAUUUGAAUCUGUAUUAUUAAUAUUAUUAUUUGUUUUUCUCACAU